GCACCUGUAGAAAUAUGUAUUACACAUUGAAUGAGUUUAAGAACGCUGAGUGGGCGGGGCUAUCACCACACCAUUCGGGUAUGAAUAAAAUCGACCAAUCAGGAACUUGGCAAGUAUUUACAAACCGUACGUCAUCAAAUGUGUAUUAUCUCUCUGGCUGUUUGUAACAUCAUGUAUUUUUUUUUUCAGUCGUAUUCAAGAUUAGACUCAAGAGUUUCGGGAGACUAUUGUUGCUGCUGCAAAGGACUACUAAUAGUUGAAACGUGGACGUCGUGCGAAGUGCGUCGUUCAUACUGUCUUUCUUUAUGUGCGAUGUUCAUAGUGUUGAAGAAAGGGAAUCAGUAUUUUUUAUUUAUCAUAUGAUUAUUCUUGACAAUCGAUCUAAACGAAUUAACAAUAAACGACAUAGAGUAUAAGAGAAUUCCGAAAUGAAUUUAUCGUUUGCUGGUUGCGGUUUCCUUGGUAUUUACCAUGUUGGUGUAGCAGUGUGCUUUAAGAAAUACGCUCCACAUUUACUUUUGGAUAAGAUUAGUGGUGCAUCGGCUGGUGCUAUCGCUGCUUGUUGUCUUCUUUGUGAUUUACCCCUCGGGGAGAUCACAAGUAACGUAUUACGCGUUGCGCGUGAAGCACGACAACGAACUCUUGGUCCAUUUAGUCCAUCAUUUAAUGUACAGGAGAUAUUGUUAGAAAGUUUACAGAAGCAUCUACCUAAUGAUGCUCAUAUUCGUGUUAGCGGCAAGCUUCACGUUUCCUUAACAAGGGUAUACGACGGAAGAAAUGUAAUUGUUUCACAAUUUUCGUCUAAGGAAGAUUUAUUGCAGGCAUUAUUGGCUAGUGCAUUUGUCCCAAUUUUUUCUGGUCUCUUACCACCAAGAUUUCAUGGUGUCAGAUAUAUGGAUGGUGGUUUUAGUGAUAAUCUUCCUACACUUGAUGAAAAUACUAUUACAAUUAGUCCUUUUUGUGGAGAAAGUGAUAUUUGCCCUAGAGAUGUUUCAUCCCAACUUUUCCAUGUCAAUCUUGCCAAUACAAGUAUUGAGCUUUCAAGACAAAAUAUAUAUAGGUUUGCAAGAAUACUUUUCCCACCAAAUCUAGAAAUGCUCUCAAACAUGUGUAAACAAGGUUUUGAUGAUGCAUUAAGAUUUCUUCACCGCAAUAAUUUACUUAAUUGUACCCGAUGUUUAGCUGUACAGUCCACAUUUGUAGUCUCAGAAACUCUUGAUGAUAACAUGGAUUAUGAUCCUGAAUGCUUAGAAUGUAAAAUGCAUAGACAGGAAGCGCUAGUAUCUAAUUUACCUGAAACAGUUAUGACCAUAUUUCAAGAUGCAAUUGAUUCUGCUAAUAAAGGUCUCAUUAAUUGGUUAUUUAAACAUCGAAGUGUAAAACUUUUAUCAUUACUUAGUCUACCAUGUACACUGCCAGCAGAUGUAGUAUAUGCAACUUUCACAAAUCUGAUUGGUAACAAGAUAGAAAGUCACACCUUGGAAUACAAUAUAAUUGGCAAUAUUCUUCAUACAUCUCCACAAAUGUCUUGUGCUAGACAUAAUAUGACAUCUUCUUGGUUUAUUUUGAAUGUGCCUAAAUUGCGAAGGAACCUAUUAGAAUUAAGAACAUUUUUAUUAAACGAAUUAUGUAUGCUAUUUCCUAAAAUCAAUGCCUAUUACCAAGUGCCACAGACUAUUAAAUGUCAGUUAGACAUUACAGAAUAUGGUUCAAACAUAUAUGAUAUGGAAGUAGCGGACAAGACUGAUAAUUUAUAUAAAAAUAAGAAAAAUCUAAAUUUGACAUUACAAUACAAUGAAUUACAACCAUGGGAGGAUAAUGGUAAUACGUCAAAUUGUGUUAUAAAUAUGUCCAAUCUUUCAACUGUUGAUGAUACUUUUGAAAAUAUUCUUCAGGUAACUUCUGAGCAAGAAGCUGUAAUGGCAUAUUAUUACAUGGAUGAUAAUAACAAAGUGCAAGUGACAGAGAUAUUUGACGUUACAGACUCCGAUUCACAUGCAAUGUUAUCUAUAGAAGAAAUUGAAAAUAAUACAAAAUUACAAUUUGAUGAGUGGGAUACACCCACAUGGUUAUCUCAACACACCCUCAAUGAUACUGUAACAGAAUCCCUAUAUACUGAUGCAGAUCAACAAAGCAUAGAAAAUUUAUCAGAAAUAUCUUUAGAAGAUGAUAUUUUGAAUGUGUUAAAUACAUCUUCUGAUCCAGAGAGUGAAUGGGAAAUAAGUAAAAAUUUACAAACAACAAGAGCUUCCAACCCACCCAUUUUCCAGUCAGAAAUGGAUUAACAAUGACUAAAGAUUUAAAAUAAAAUAAAUUUUUUCUUAUGAUAAUUGAUAUAGACAAUGAGUAUUAUCACUAUCUAUAGUCAAUUAUAUGAUUAGGUAUGCAUAUUUUUGUAGUCAAUAAUGUUGGUGAUAUUAUAGAGAGAAAUAAUAUCAGUGUGCUCAAUAUUGAUAAUUUUUUAUAACAUUUGAAGAACAUGUCGUUUAAAGAAGUAAAGAGUAUAGAUGAAAACACUUUUAUUAAACAAGAACAGUCUGUGUUAUGCACUGAUAAAUAUAAGAUACAACACAAGUAACCAUAUAAAAAUGUGAUAUAUAUAUAUAUAUAAGAAGUAUCUUCAACAGAGCAUACGCAGUAUUUUAUUAUUAAUGAAUCUUGGUAAAAAACAUUUAACAUCAUUAUUAAAUACUUGUAAGUCAAGUAUGAGUAGAUCUCCAAGAAAGAGGCUGACUAUGAUGGAAAUGCACAUCAUAAAAGAUAUUUAUCCGGAUUUUAUGUUGAGUGUUAUUAGAAGUUUCAUAUGUUAAUCAUAAUACUUCUACACUCCUAGUCAAAAAGAUAACCCAGGUGUGCUAUCUUUAAUUUCUUAAUGACGCGUGUAGUUUUUCGUUUGUAACAUAUAAUAUGAAAACAUUAUGAGAUCAGAAUAUGCAGUCCGUUGAAAAUAAUUAAAAAUAUUAUGAGGUUUAGUGUGUAACAAAAAAAAUUGUUUUAUUUUAAGAACGAAAUGAUAACACACUCUGUUAAUAUGUUUAGAAAUUGCUCAGUAGUUCAUGAUCUAUCAACGAGUAAAGAUUACAGUACAAUGUUAUAUAAAUUUGUAAGUAUGGGACGCGGAAAAAGAUUAAACGAGUCUGAAAAAAAAGCAAAUUCUUGAACUAAAACAGCAACGGUUAUCAGUAACAAAUAUAUAUAUAUAUAUAUAUAUAUAUAUAAUAUCGAAAAUAAUUAGAAGAAGUCGUAAAAUAAUACACAAUUUCUUAAAACAUGUUGAAGAUUAUGGCAAAAAGAAAAGUACUGGUCGUUAAAAGUACUCGUCAUCGUUAUCCGAUCGUGAUAAGCGAGCAAUCUUGAGUGUAGCUUCCAACUCGUAGUUAACAACGAAGCAAAUAAUGGAAAAAUCUAGUGUUAGUGCCAGUGUUUUAAUUGUUCGUCGAGUUUUACUAUCCUGCAAAGAUAUUAAGA